ACCGGAAGUGGCCGUUGAAGCCGGCAGUAGGCGUGAAAAGAGGUUGGCGCUGAGGAAGUGCAGCCUCUUUGGCUCCCUUCGCUAGGUCUGGUGAUUGUCCCAUCGCUUCCGGACGCGGGAUCCGAGUGUGUGGAUCGCCCUAGAGGGAGGGAAGCCCAGGAGGAAGAACUGGAACCGGGCCCCGCCCUGCUUGUCCACCUUCCAGCUUUUCCACCCCGCAACAGGUGUGUCUUCCUGUAAUCCAAGACGGGGUGUGAGCCCGCAAGUGUGCAUGGAGGUAACGGGCCGGGUCUGGGGGCGCCUCUGGCCAGAUUUGAGGGGCCGCCAACCUUAGCGUGUGUAAGGGCUCAGACUUCUUGCCUGAGCCCCAGACCGAGGCCCCAGCUGGAAAGACGCUGCUUGGGAAAACCUGGUGUCCAGGCUCCAGAGGAACGCAUGAGCUCCUGAGAUGGAAGAGCUGUCCUCUUCGGAGUCUGCCCUUCUCCAAGGGGGACAUACUCUACUCGCAUCAGCCAGUUUUCAGGAAUCCGUGACCUUCAAGGAUGUGAUAGUGGAUUUUACCCAGGAAGAAUGGAAACAGCUGGAUCCUGUCCAGAGGGAUUUGUUCAGGGACGUGACACUGGAAAAUUACACGCACCUGGUCUCCAUAGGACUCCAAGUUUCCAAACCUGACGUGAUUUCCCAGUUAGAGCAGGGGACAGAGCCAUGGAUCGUGGAGCCUGGCAUCCCAGUAGGUACUUUGGGAGACUACGAGACAAGACCAGAAAAUAGCAGAUCAGUCCCAGAGUCGGACAUUUCUGAAGAGCAGCCGUGUCGAGAGGCAGUAGUGGAAAAACACAAAAGGGAUGAUCCCUGUAGUUCCAACUUUCUAGAAACCCGGGAUUCUGAAAGCGGUGUAGAGAAGCAUCAGGCAAACCAACAGACACUGGCAAGAGAGAUAAAAAUCACUGAAAAGACAACACCCAGCUGGGAGAGAGGCCCUGUAACUAAGGACUUUGAAAAAAGCAUCAAUGUGAGCGCAAGCCUUGAAACACAAGAAAAAUCUACAGAAGAGACCUCUACUAAAACAAGUGCCAAACAGAAUACAAACCCAGUUAAAAAAGAGAAAUCUUGUAAGUGCAACGAGUGUGGGAAAGCUUUCAGUUACUGUUCGGCUCUUAUUCGCCAUCAGAGAACACACACUGGAGAAAAGCCCUACAAAUGUAAUGAAUGUGAAAAAGCCUUCAGCCGGAGUGAGAACCUUAUAAACCAUCAAAGAAUUCAUACUGGAGAUAAACCAUAUAAAUGCGAUCAGUGUGGAAAAGGCUUCAUUGAGGGUCCAUCUCUUACUCAACAUCAAAGAAUUCACACUGGAGAAAAACCCUAUAAAUGUGAUGAAUGUGGGAAAGCCUUUAGUCAGAGGACCCAUCUUGUCCAGCAUCAGAGAAUUCAUACUGGCGAGAAACCGUACACUUGCAAUGAGUGCGGAAAAUCCUUCAGCCAGAGAGGCCACUUUAUGGAACAUCAGAAAAUUCAUACAGGAGAAAAACCUUUUAAAUGUGAUGAAUGUGAUAAAACCUUUACCAGGAGCACACACCUUACUCAGCAUCAAAAAAUUCAUACUGGCGAGAAAACCUAUAAAUGUAAUGAAUGUGGGAAGGCCUUCAAUGGGCCCUCGACGUUCAUCCGUCAUCACAUGAUCCACACUGGGGAGAAACCCUACGAGUGCAACGAGUGUGGGAAGGCCUUCAGUCAGCACUCAAACCUCACUCAGCAUCAGAAGACACACACGGGGGAGAAACCAUACGACUGUGCCGAGUGCGGAAAGUCCUUCAGUUACUGGUCGUCCCUUGCUCAGCAUCUGAAGAUUCACACCGGAGAGAAACCGUACAAAUGUGGCGAGUGUGGCAAGGCCUUCAGCUACUGCUCCUCCCUGACCCAGCAUCGGAGGAUCCACACCAGAGAGAAGCCCUUCGAGUGCAGCGAGUGCGGGAAGGCUUUCAGUUACCUCUCCAACCUGAAUCAGCAUCAGAAGACGCACACCCAGGAGAAAGCAUACGAGUGUAAGGAAUGCGGGAAAGCCUUUAUCCGGAGUUCAUCUCUGGCCAAACACGAAAGGAUUCAUACUGGCGAGAAGCCCUAUCAGUGUCACGAGUGUGGGAAAACCUUCAGUUACGGCUCGUCCCUCAUUCAGCACCGGAAAAUACACACCGGAGAAAGACCUUACAAGUGUAACGAAUGUGGGAGAGCCUUCAACCAGAACAUACACCUCACCCAGCAUAAGAGAAUUCACACGGGCGCAAAGCCUUACGAGUGUGCCGAGUGUGGCAAAGCCUUCCGGCACUGUUCCUCUCUCGCUCAGCAUCAAAAGACCCACACAGAAGAGAAACCGUACCAGUGUAAUAAGUGUGAGAAGGCUUUCAGCCAGAGCUCCCACCUGACUCAGCACCAGCGCAUCCACACCGGAGAGAAGCCCUACAAGUGCACUGAGUGUGACAAGGCCUUCAGCCGCAGCACCCACCUGACGGAGCAUCAGAACACGCACACGGGCGAGAAGCCCUACAACUGCCACGAGUGCAGGAAGACUUUUAGCCAGAGCACGUACCUCAUUCAGCACCAGAGAAUCCAUUCAGGGGAGAAACCUUUUGGAUGCAGCGACUGCGGGAAAGCCUUCAGGUACCGUUCUGCCCUCAACAAACACCAGAGACUGCACCCGGGCAUAUGACUCUUCGAGGAAGGCCGCUUUGUCCUUUGGUCAAGUACUGAAGAAUCGGAGUGAAUCGAGAAACCGCUCAAAAUACUUUCACUUUUCACUGUCUGCUAUGGCACGGGAAGGGGCGUUGCUAAGCAGCUCUGGGACACUGGAAAGGUCAACUGUUUUAGCCUCAGUUUGCUCUGUGAACAAGGGAUUUGGAGUAGAUGGUUUCAGGGCCUGUUUGGAGUUUUAUAUUCCAGUUUUGUAUAUUCACAAUAUAUUCUUGAUUAGGAUUCUCUACGUCAGCAUUUCACUGUGUUGCAUCUAGAGUGUGUAUAUUUCUGCAUGUUUUGCUACUAGAAAGCAUUCGUGCUUCAGUAACUGGACAGGGGACCUAUUAUGCUCCUGUUCUAAUGCAUUUAAGUUAAGUGGUUCCUAAUAAAAUAAUUAUAAAGCAUCCUUAAAUCAAUAAUUCAUUAGUAUAUACUGGCUUACCUCAGGGCAAGGGUUAAGCCUUCCUGUUCCUAUUUCUCUCAGUAUGUCUUAGCAUCCUAGGAGUUUAUCACAACUACAGCUCCCCCUCCGUUGCUACACCAGUGUUAUCUAACCCUCACUGAAUAGUGGAAUCGCUUCAGCAACUUGAUAAAACUCUGUUGCCAAGGCCCCACCCUCGGAGACUAAUUUAACUGGCCCAGUGGGUUAGGGACCAGGCUUCAGUAUUUUUUUUACACUCCUCACGGGCAGCCCAGAAAGAACAACUGGAUUAGAUCACCCGCUCCUUUAGUCGGCAGCUUCCUGCGGCUGUUCCUAGAAGCCUCACAUAAUUUGUACACAUCAUUUCGACUAUCAUCUUGUUUUGUAAGUCGGGUUCUCACACACGCUGGGAGGUAGGUUAAUUUAUUUCCUCACCAAAGUGCAGAAAUAAAACAGCUGUGUAAAGGUCAUUUUAUCUGCUUUUCCUUGGCCCCAGAUAUCAAAAGCAGAUGACAGUGCUAAUGACAUCCCUGGCCGUAGGCCAUUGGAGGCAAACCUGGUCAGGAUAACGUGUGAGCCAGAAAUCCAUACGGGCCGAGCCUGGAAGAGACGGGCCCCUUUGAUUUCCUCCAGAUCUAGUCUAAUUACCAGGUAGCUCUUUUCAGGGCAAACGACGACUUCCCAGCCGGGCCUUGAGAAUGGAAAGCUCUGAGAACAGGGUAGCACAGAAAAGUUCUUGACUAUUCUACAAGUGAGGUUUGGGGGGAGUGGGCGCUGCUCAUUCUCACAAGUGGGAAAAAAAAAAAAAAAA